AAGCAACGGUUGAACGUCGUUCGCAUUUCUGCUCUUACGUUUGUGCGGUCUCAUUCGUCUUUCGACAUUCGACAAGAAAAUCCAGCUCAUCGAUCUGUUCGACUGUGCACGUUUAUAUUUUCUUCACUUUAACCUUCGUUUGUAUCUCUUCAACAACCAAAACAAUAUACGAUGGAUGAUUGGGGCCCAGAAACUGUUGAAAUCUCUUCGAAUACACAGUAUUUCGAUGAAGGUGGGCGCAGUUAUGGGAAAGGGCGAGGAUUUAUAGCACCGAACAAUAAUUUUAACGACGGAUUCGAUAAAAAUAAUUCUUGGCCUAAUAAUACCGACAACGAUACCGAUAAUGAUAUCGGAAAUUCUGGUAGAGGAGGAGGUAGGGGUGGCGGUAGAGGCCGUGGAGGAAGAGGAGGUAGGGGAGGUAGAGGCGGCAGGGGAGGAAAUCAAGACAGAGAUGGAUUCAAAGGCAGGAGCAGAGACAACGACGAUGAAAGUAAUGGUUACAGGAGGAACGAUAAUUACAGAGAUGAUGAUAAUGGUGAAAAUAGUAGAAAUGGUAGACCAAGAGAUCGACAGCGAGGAGGUGGCGAGGAUGGCGACGAUGGUGAAAAACCUAAAGAAAUAUAUAUUCCUCCAGAAUUACCUACAGAUGAACAGUCCCUGUUUGAAAAUGGGGUUGCAAUAGGCAUUAAUUUCGAUAAAUAUGAUAACAUCGAUGUUAAAGUAAGCGGAGAAAAUGAACCUAAGCCGAUAGAAAGUUUCGAAAGAGCGGGUCUUCGAAGCAUUGUCCUAGAAAAUAUUAAAAAAUCAGGAUAUACGAAACCCACUCCAGUACAAAAACAUGCAUUACCAAUCAUAAUGAACGGUCGCGAUUUAAUGGCUUGCGCGCAAACAGGUUCGGGCAAAACUGCUGCAUUCGCAGUUCCCAUCAUUAACACAUUAUUGGAACAUCCAACCGAUCUAAUUGUAAAUUCCGAUUAUUGCGAACCACAAGUUGUUAUUGUAUCGCCUACUCGCGAACUGACCAUUCAAAUUUGGCAACAGAUUGUUAAAUUCUCGCUCAAUUCAAUUUUAAAGACUGUAGUCGCGUAUGGUGGAACAUCCGUUAUGCAUCAAAGAGGAAAACUCUCAUCGGGGUGUCACAUACUUGUAGCAACACCAGGAAGGUUAUUAGACUUUUUAGACAGAGGAAGAAUUAAGUUUUCUUCCGUUCGAUUUCUUGUAUUGGAUGAAGCAGACAGGAUGUUGGACAUGGGGUUCUUGCCAUGCAUCGAGAAAAUCGUAGAUCACGACACAAUGGUUCCCCUAGGUGAACGGCAAACGUUAAUGUUUUCCGCUACUUUCCCAGACGAAGUGCAACAUCUGGCUAAAAGAUUCUUAAACAAUUAUUUAUUCCUCGCUGUUGGCAUCGUGGGUGGUGCAUGUUCAGAUGUUGAACAAAAUUUCUAUGAAGUUGCAAGGAAUAAGAAAAAAGAUAAACUUGGAGAACUCUUGGAAAGAGAGAACGCUGCAGGCACUCUAAAGGGUACCAUGAUAUUUGUCGAAAUGAAGAGGAAAGCUGAUUUUAUUGCAGCAUUUUUGUCGGAAAAUAAUUAUCCUACGACGAGUAUUCACGGCGACAGAUUACAGCGGCAAAGGGAAGAGGCAUUGGCUGAUUUCAAAAGUGGAAAAAUGUCUAUUCUGGUAGCUACAGCAGUAGCUGCUAGAGGUUUAGACAUAAAAAAUGUCGCACACGUUAUAAACUUUGAUUUACCAAAGGGAAUCGACGAAUACGUUCAUAGAAUUGGUAGGACUGGCCGUGUAGGCAACCGUGGAAGAGCAACCUCUUUCUUUGAUCCCGAUGAUGAUGCACCGCUCAGACCUGAUCUUGUCAGAAUAUUGAAGCAGGCGAACCAACCUGUCCCAGAUUGGUUAGUAGCUGGAAAUGCAAGUAGAAACUUCAUGCCCGGAAAAGGAAGAAGAUUCGGAGGAGAAGACAUUCGAGAUUUUGAACCAGAAGGUGAACAAUACAAGGAAGAAGACUAUUCGCUUUCUGUGCCACAGGAACCAGACGAACAAUGGUAGAAAUUUUAACCUGUGCUGUCAUUGUUUUAUUGAAAAAAGGGUAUUAUAUAUAUAUAUAUAUUUCUUUAUUGAUAACGCUAAGUCAGGGGUACAAUUGAUUCAUUCAUAUAGUAUUUAUGUUGAUAUAAAGAGUCAUUAAUAUACAACAGUAAUCUUUUAAGUUGAUUUUUGUUUUGUUUUUACAUGAUAGACGGAUGAAUAUAUGAUGUAUUUAAAUGAAGUACAGACUGCAUCAUGUACCUCUGAGAAAUAAGUAGGUUACGUAUGUGAUAAUUAUGCAAUGUUAUCUUCGUUAAUAUGACAAGUUUCACUUUCAGAGAUUAUAAAUAAUCUACAAACAAAAAAAUGUUUCAUCUGCGUCUUUAAAUGUAGUUCAUCGUACUGCUCCAUCGACCGUACAAAUACUAGUUUUUAAGAACACAUUAUCACCAAAAUUGGAUCAUGUUACUUUAUUUUAUAAACUGAUACUCUCUAAUAUUAUGUUAAGUGUUUUAUACAAUCCUUUUGUAAUAAAAAUAAGUAAACCAAGA